UUUCACAUUCACAAUAAUGCCAUAGAUUACACACAAUUUUAGUUUUGCGACUGUCGACUGAUCAAGUUGGUUUUACUUUGUUUGUUUAGAUACCAUGAAAUUAUGGCGUAAAAUUCAAUAUUAUUAGAACGUACCUAUGUUGUGAUUGUGUGUAUUUUAGCGGGUGAUUGUAUCGUCAUCAUCAUCAUCAUGUCUACGAGUUCGGGAGAUGAAUUACACGACCAGUACAAAGACUUGUUCACGCAAGACGGGGUACUUCUAAAGACCAGUGUCGGUCGGCCGGUCUCCGAUUUCAACUCAAUCGGGAUGCUCUGCAUUGUACAGAACGCCGACGGAACUAAAUGCAUAGAAUGGAGACCGAACGACUUGAUCACCAUCGAUUCCGACACUCAAGAUCAAGAAUGGGCCGUUGUUAAUACCGUUGGUCGCAGACAACGGACCCUAAGCGGUAACAUAACAUCGGAUUACGCGAAUCUUCGGGCGCGCAUCAUAAAAAUACCCCUAGACGAUUUAAAAACGUUUCGCAUCACCCGUAACAACCAACAAAUGCAGUUCUCGACGAAACCGGGAGUCUGGCAGAAUACGUUCUAUUUCCAACAUGGAAACGCCGAGAUAUUCGUGGCCUAUCUAAAGAAUCACCUUAAGACCGCUAAAACAAGACACGACAGGAACACGUACAUGGUGGUCGAACCUAACGACGAGUCCCAGGUCUUGAAUAAAUCGUUUGCCGAAUUAGAUAUAUUUACGGAGAAUACGACUGAUGUCGUGUGGAAUUUGGUUUCUAAUUUCAAACAGAGGCCUUACGAAACUACCUUAGAAGCGUUUUCAAAGCUAACGGAUAUUGUCUACUACGGCAAUGAGGAUGUAAACGGGAAACGAGACGUUUCAGAGGAGGUCGCCGACUUGUUGACUAAAAGCAUGAGCGCUCUCGAGGACACGACCUCGGUCACCAGGAGCGACGAGUACGAGGUCAUCAGCGUGAAGCCAACGUUGCCUCCCCGGCCGUGUAUACCCAGAGGUUCGCCACUGUCCACUGAAAAAUGGGACGCCUUGCAAGACGCGGACGGUAGGAUCGUGGAGGUGGAGGGAGUCAAGCAACUCAUAUUCAGGGGAGGUGUUGCACAUUCUAUACGCAGCACCGUAUGGAAGUAUCUCUUGGACUAUUUCCCCUGGAAGAUGACGCAUGCAGAAUUAAAAACGUUACAGAAGAGAAAAACCGAGGAAUACUUCUCUAUGAAACUCCAAUGGAGGUCUGUGACCGAGGGGCAGGAGAAUAGGUUCUCUGAGUAUAGAGACAGGAAGAGUUUGGUCGAGAAGGAUGUGAACAGAACGGACAGGACUCACCCGUUUUUCGCGGGGGACAACAACCCCCACUUGGCCGUGCUCCAGGACAUCCUGAUGACCUACGUCAUGUACAACUUCGAUCUCGGGUACGUGCAGGGAAUGAGCGAUAUAUUGGCGCCUCUGCUGCUGCUGUUAGGAAACGAAGUGGACAGUUUCUGGUGCUUCGUCGGCUUCAUGGAGAAAAUUGCUUCGAAUUUCGACAUGGACCAGGCCGGAAUGAAGCACCAGCUCUUGCAGCUCCAGCAGCUGCUGAUGUUCGCUAGCCCGGAGCUGGCCCAGCACCUGUCACAAAAGGACUCCGGGAACAUGUACUUUUGCUUCCGCUGGCUGCUCGUAUGGUUCAAAAGGGAAUUCUCACACAUCGAUAUCAUGAGGCUGUGGGAAGUAUUGUGGACGGGGUUACCAUGUGCAAAUUUUCAUUUGUUGAUAUGCGUUGCCAUAUUAGAUGCAGAAAAAGAAGUUAUUAUUAGUCGAGAUUACGGUUUCACUGAAAUAUUAAAGCAUGUGAACGAUCUAUCGAUGACUUUGGACGUUGACAGGGUACUAAGUUCAGCCGAAGGCAUAUAUCACCAGAUAGUUUCAGCCCCGCAUUUGACAGAUCAAAUCAGGAUAGUCUUAGGAAUCGAGCCAUUGAAUCUGUCAAUGUCAACAAAUUCCGACCCUGAGCCCUCUACCUCUACUCUACCCUCUACCAAACCAAGUCAAGUUGAGCUAAAGGAGGGCAACGGUAAUACCAUUUUUGGUCAAGAAAUGGACGAAGAUGUAGUCGUAUAUAAUGGAUUACGAAUAACAAUAGUUACGAAAACUGUAUGGGCUCUACUCGCCUGAGAUACACUGUAUCAAAGAAUACUAACAGAUGGUGUAAUGCAAGAAUUAAUCAAGAAAUUUGCAAGAACGGAUGAUGCAGAUGGUUUUUUAGUCGAUUUCUGAGUAGGUAUUCCUAUUAUAUUCCUAUUCUUUAAUUGACCAUUUGUUGGUUAUUUCUUGCAUUAAACCAUACGCCAAAACAUGACUGCAUUAUAAUAAGAAUGAUAUUUUAUAUUUUUCUAAGAAAUAAAAAUAUGUCAUACGUAGAUAAUCUAUUCGUUGGUUGAAUGUACAAAUUUUUUAUUUUUAAUAAAUUGGUACAGGAUGGAUAUUUUAUAAAUUUGAUAAUUCCAGCGGUGCUCGAUUCCAACUAAACAAUGAAAAUGUUAAAUUAUCUUUAGAUUAGAAAAAACAUAUAUUAUUUUUUUAAUGUGCCUUUUAAUUUGAAAUAAAUAUGUUUAAAUACAUCAUGUUCAGUGCUAAUCAUUUAUAGGUGAGGAAUUGUUAAAUUAAUUCAAAAAAAGAAAACCUAAAUUUUUUUAUUGUAAAUCAUUUUAAAUUUCCAGCACUUGUUACUUUUUUAUUACUUUUUACACAUAUUACAAUGUGUUGUCUACUUGUAAUUUUAAUGGCGAAUAAUAAUUUUAGUGCACACCGUAUUUUUAUUUAAAUAAAUGUUUUUUAUCAACAGA